AUGCCUGCUCUUCCAUUCAACACUUCUGCUUCUUCUUCUCCUUCAAAUUCGCCAACUUUGUCGCCUACCGCCACGCCUUCAAUAGUUCUCCAUCCCGCAUCGGGUGCUUCCCAUAAGAAGGAGCUUCACAAGCCGAAAGAAGACCCUGCGCAGGCCUACCGCAUCCGUUAUGCGCAAUACCUCGCAGCCACUUUCGGCUUCUCAAUGCAGGCCGCCAUGGCCGAGGCGGAUAGCCAGCUCGCGCCGAGACGUUCGUCGGGCUCGAGUAUGUCCGAGGCUGAGUCGUUACGCUCGAUUUAG